CAGCAAACCACAUGCGAUAAAGCACACCUAGAUACAGCUGAGCACGUCCACAGCUAGGUGCAGACCACAAGGUGUGAGUAAAAGCUAUAUUAACAACUGUACUGCUCGCCUCUGUGUGUGCAGUACACACCGGCGUGGUAAUGUAUACUGCUCGCUCUGUUACCCCUUUGUGAAAAAACAUCUGUAAACCAUAGGUCUAAAAAAACCUAAUGGAUAUUUUAAAACAGGUAAAUAUACGUGCAACAUUUACAGCAAAAACACACUGCUGUCUAUAAUAUUGAUGAAUCGCUGUACCCUUUUUUUAUAUAAGUCCCGCCCCGCUACCGUUCUUAUUGGCUACUGCUGCUACAGUCAUCCCAACGCGCCAAUUUCGAGCCCAGAUCCGGGAAGUCACCGACACAAGUACAGAAGUAAACAACACUAGAGGGUGGUGAUGAACGCGUCUCGGAGCCCCGCGGCCCCGGGGGGAGCGCUGUUCACAAACCCCCCGGUUAAAGUCCUCGCCAGCCAGCUUAGGGAGAGCCAGGUCUGCCUGGGACCCCGCGGGAAGAACGUAUACUCCGUGAAGAGGCAGGGCAGUGCGAGUCCUGGGCCGCCGUUGGCGGUGUCGGUGGUGUGGAUGCAGGGCACCGUGCUGGAGGUGACCGGGGAUCAGAACACCACCGUGCAACUGCUGGACGAGACCGGGACCUUUAUCGUUACCGGAGCCAGCAGCGUACCGAGAGGCAGGCCCUGUCUCCACAGAGGGAAGUACGUCAUGGUGAUGGGAUCGGUCCAGUCCUGCACUCCGGAGCCGGUUGUGCGUGCAGUGAAGAUGGCAGACCUCUCUGAGAAUCCCUUUCACCAGAGCGGCUGGAGGCUGGAGGUGGAGGAUCUGCAGCAAACCCUGCCCUGAGCUGGAGAAACUUGGCCGCUUCCUCAAAGGUGUGGUGUCGCAAACGCGUUCCUAAAACAUGGCCUUGUUUAUUUCAGAAGGCUUGGGAGCUUAAAACAUGAGCUCUGUCGGUAUUACUGCAGCGCGUACUUCAGAGCUGCCCCUUCCACUCCUGGUUUUUGUUCCAGCCCUGUUUUAAAUUGUUUAAUUGAACAAAUUAAACCUCCAUCCAGGGAGAAGUUUGUGUCCUUUUAGUGAAUGUAACCAAACUCAUGUGAAAAGGCGGCUAUACUGUGGGUUCAUGUAGUAAACAGACACAGACGCAAGGAAUUAUUUUCAGUGUAAAAUAAGGACUUGAUUGUGACAUUGCCGUUCAUCGGUACUGCUGUACAAGGUGUCACUGUUUCCUGUUUUUUUUUCUACGAUUGUAAAAGUUACUAUGUUAAUAAAGAAGUAUGAAUCUCUAAAAA